AUGAACUCAAGGCUCGAGCCUUCGGGCUUAAGAUGGAUUCAACAUCAGGCGGGAGAAGAAGUCAAUUAUGCGAAACUGAGCGCAUCUGAGCUUCCAUGGGCAAAUCCGCAUCGAUUACAUGAUUACGCUACUGUGUCAGGAGACAUUACUCCCGAACUACCUCGGCGAGAGAUUCUUGACAUGUAUGUUCUACGGUUUACCUCAUCGUUCAUGAGCCUUGUAUUCCCCGUCAUUAGCAAAUCUCUCUUUAUGAAGACAUUAGACCUUGCUUGUGGGCCACGCGGUGUGUUUGGUCAUACCAGUGCCGAUGCUUGUGUCUACUCUUUCAUCGCGCUCGUAAACCUGUUUGGUUUUGACGACAACAUGCAUGGGCCUGUAAACUGUGGGUCCUAUGCUUCUGCAGCCCAGAAAGCAGUGCCCCAUAUCGUUCAAGAGAUGACAGUCGAUGGCCUUCAAGCGCUGGUAAUGCUUAUACUUGUUCAAUAUUUUUUGGGUGAUCUUCAAUCAGCUGCAGUCUCCAUCUCCAUUGCCUCGCGACUUUUAUAUAAACUAGGAGCCCAUACGAAUCCAGCUGGUGUCAAAUCAUCUGUUCAUUUGAUGCCAUAUAACAAGGCUAAUGUUGAGUAUCAUGUGCGGGAUCUUUUCUGGGUGUGUUACUCGUUCGACAAGGAUAUUUCUCUUAGGAUGGGCCAGCCCGCAUCCAUCAAUGACCUCGAUUGCGAUCUAUCAUUGCCUUUGGAGUAUGUUCGUCUGCAAAACUCCAACAUCCAACGGGAUGAUCUAAAACCCGACGAUCAUACACUUCCUCUUUACCCUUGGGAUCUGCGGCUUUCUAAGAUCAAAUCAGAUGCCUACAAUACCCUGUACUCAGUUAACGCCAGCUUCAAAUCGGACUGUCAGAUCCUCGAGAGCAUUAGAUGCCUUGAUGCGGCGCUAGAGGAGUGGAGGCUAUCACUCGAUUCCAAGAUUCGGCCAAUGCUGUGCUUCUCGUCGGAUAUGUCGACCAAAGCAACUUUGAAUACGCAAGAAGUGAUCCUCCGACUUGCAUAUUACCACUCGAACCUCGCUCUCUUCUGCAACAUCCUCAAAAAUCCUCUACAGUACGAGAGUUCUCAUGACGUGGCUAUCUUACACGAGGUUCCUGCCAUGAUAAAGAAAAUUCCUAUCCGAAAUCUUACUCCCGCCGAAAUGAUUCAUCUGAGGUUUCUGAACGGAUUUACCACAGAACUUGCAAGACUGGCGUCGUGCGCCGUGUCAAAGGCGCAUAAGGAAUUCCGUGGGGAUACAUGUACUUUAAAUCAAUAA